AGGAAUAGAACGACGAGUAAAAUCUUGACUAGACUCCCUAACUCACUUAACAUUCACUUGCAUUCACCGAUUGAGAACCCAGAGAACAACAGACUCAGAGAUGGAGGAAAAACCCAGUGAGAUCAGCAGCACAAAGAUGUUUGGAGGUUACAAUAAGAGAUAUAAGCACUUCAGUCCAACUCUGGGUUGCUCCAUGACCUUCCACAUUUACUUCCCUCCAUCCCCUUCUCCAUCCCACAAAUUUCCUGUACUUUACUGGCUAUCUGGUCUAACUUGCUCCGAUGAGAACUUCAUUGUCAAGUCUGGAGCUCAGCGUGCAGCUUCCAGCGAAGGUGUCGCGCUAAUUGCCCCAGAUACAUCCCCAAGAGGCCUUGGGGUGGAAGGAGAGGCAGACAGCUGGGAUUUUGGUGUAGGUGCUGGGUUUUAUCUUAAUGCUACUCAAGAGAAAUGGAAAAACUGGCGUAUGUAUGACUAUGUCGUUAAGGAAUUGCCUAAGGUUCUGAGUGAGAAUUUUGAACAGAUUGAUACAUCCCGUGCAUCCAUUUCUGGGCAUUCAAUGGGUGGGCAUGGUGCUUUGACAAUCUACUUGAAAAACCUCGAUAAGUACAAGUCUGUAUCCGCCUUUGCACCUAUUGUUAAUCCCAUAAAUUGCCCAUGGGGUCAGAAGGCUUUCUCAAACUAUUUGGGCGACGAAAAAUCUGAUUGGGAGGAAUAUGAUGCCACUUGCCUAAUUUCUAAGUACAACAAUGUUUUGGCCACUAUCCUGAUUGAUCAGGGGGAGGCUGAUAAGUUCUUGCACGAUCAGCUCCUGGCCCACAAAUUUGAGGAGGCCUGCAGGAAAGUGGACGUUCCUCUUCUGCUGCGGCUGCAGCCUGGAUACGACCACUCUUACUACUUCAUUUCAACCUUCAUUGAUGAUCAUAUCCGACACCAUGCUCAGGCCCUUAGCUUGUAAAAGAUUAUCCACUGUCUGGUUUAAAACCAUGUACUUGUGACUGAAUCUUGGAAACUUUCGUUUUGAAAUUGGUUGUGACUUGUGAAUUUUUCUGGAUGACCCAAUCUAGGGGCUUGGAUUUUUCAGAAACCCAUCAUUAUGAUUGUGUAAUUUUGUUGGUAAUUCUGACAAUAUUGCUAGCAUAAAUGCUAUGGCUAACCUUUUGGU